CUCUACUUUCCGUCAAGGAAGGAGGAGGAAGAGCGAGUGAAGACGAAGGAUGGUUUCUGCCAGCCAGCGUCAUUGUCAUUCGCUUUGACUCCCACCUAUCGACAUUGCUGCCAUCGAAGCUUAUUUUAUUGCAUAUAUUUAUUUUUAGAUCUUUUUGGGAGUCGCGGGUGGAGAAUAAACACGGAAUCUCGCGGACGUUGAGUCCGCGCACCUGCCACGGAGCUGGAGCACAACAAACGCCUUCUAAAAUGGCUGCGACCCUCCGAGAAAUACUAUUUUAGUAUUUUUAUCGAUGCUAUCGAGAGGAGGGCGUUCGUUAUUUGGAUGACGUUCGCACCACCAGCUGUUUUGUUUUGAAGUGAGGAAGCUGGCACGCUAACAGCGAGUCCUCGCUCCCUUUUAUUUUUUUAAACAUUACUCAUUUUAGUAAUACUCUUAAUUAGUGGUCAAUGUGUUCUUAGAAAAACAUAAAACGACUGAGGUCAACAUCAUGUGGGUGAGUCCCGAAGAGGUGUUACUGGCGGGCGCCCUGUGGAUCACGGAGCGGGCGAAUCCUUAUUUCAUCCUCCAGAAGCGGAAGGGCCACGGCGGGGAAGGCGGAGGACUGGCUGGUCUAUUGGUGGGGACCUUAGACGUGGUCCUGGAUUCGAGUGCCCGCGUGGCUCCCUACAGGAUUCUCUACCAAACCCCGGACACUCUGUCCUACUGGAUCAUCGCUCACGGAACGUCGCGUAAAGAGAUCACAGAGCACUGGGAGUGGCUGGAGCACAACAUGUUGCAGACGCUCUCCAUCUUUGAGAAUGAAAAUGACAUCACCACCUUUGUCAAAGGAAAAGUGCAGGGCAUCAUCGCCGAGUACAACAAGAACCACGACGCCAAAGAGGACGACGACACGGACAAGUUCAAGGAGGCCAGCUCCAAGUUCCGCAAGCUGUUCGGCAUGCCGGACGAGGAGAAGCUGGUCAACUACUACUCGUGCAGCUACUGGAAAGGCAAAGUGCCGCGGCAAGGCUGGCUCUACCUCAGCAUCAACCAUCUGUGCUUCUAUUCCUACCUGCUGGGCAAAGAAGUCAAACUGGUGGUGCGCUGGGCCGACAUCACACAACUGGAGAAGAGCGCCACCCUCCUGCUGCCCGACGGCAUCAAAGUGAACACGCGCGGCCACGAGCACGUCUUAUCCGUCUUCCUCAACAUCAACGAGACCUUCAAACUGGCCGAGCAGCUGGCCAACAUCGCCAUGCGCCAGCUCCUGGACAACAAGGGCUUUGAGGAGGACCGCUCGCUGCCCAAGCUCAAGAAGAAGUCGCCCAAGAAGGUGUCGGCCCUCAAGAGGGACUUGGAUGCCCGAGCCAAGAGCGAGCGCUACAGAGCGCUCUUUCGUCUGCCCAAAGAUGAAAAACUGGACGGGCACACGGACUGCACCCUGUGGACCCCCUUCACCAAAAUGCACAUCCUGGGCCAGAUGUUUGUCUCCACCAACUACAUCUGCUUCACCAGCAAGGAGGAGAUGCAGUGCAGCCUCAUCAUUCCUCUGCGCGAGGUGACCAUCGUGGAGAAGGCCGACAGCUCCAACGUGCUCCCCAGUCCCGUUUCCAUCAGCACCAAGAACCGAAUGACAUUCCUGUUUGCCAACCUGAAGGACCGGGACUUCCUGGUCCAGAGGAUCUCCGACUUCCUGCAGCAGACGCCCUCCAAAAGCUGCCUGGAUUGGGAGCUCACCGGCAGCCUCAACAGCUCCGACGACGAGGUUUACGGCCCGCCGCUGUCCAGCAGCCCGCAGCGCAGCUUCAGCUCGGAGGGCGAGCGCGCCUUCAACCUGAACGACAGCAGCGUGCCCACCGCCUCGCAGGCCCUCAUGACCAUGUACCGACGCCGCUCGCCUGAGGACUUCAAUCCUAAACUGGCUAAGGAGUUCCUGAAGGAGCAAGCCUGGAAGAACCACUUCACCGAGUUCGGCCAGGGUGUGUGCAUGUACCGCACCGAGAAGACCAAAGAUCUGGUCCUCAAAGGCAUCCCCGAGGGCAUGAGAGGAGAUCUCUGGCUCCUCUUCUCUGGGGCCAUCAACGAGAUGGCCACCCAUCCCGGCUAUUACCAAGACCUGGUGGAGCGCUCCAUGGGCAAAUACAACUUGGCCACCGAAGAAAUCGAGCGGGACCUCCACCGCUCCCUGCCGGAGCAUCCCGCCUUCCAGAAUGAGAUCGGCAUCGCCGCCCUCCGCCGUGUGCUCACCGCUUACGCUUUCAGGAACCCCAACAUCGGAUACUGUCAGGCUAUGAAUAUCGUGACGUCGGUGCUGCUCCUCUACGCCAAAGAAGAAGAAGCCUUCUGGUUACUGGUGGCGCUUUGCGAAAGGAUGUUGCCCGACUACUACAACACCAGGGUUGUAGGAGCUCUGGUGGAUCAAGGCGUCUUUGAGGAGCUGGCCCGCGAGUACGUUCCCGAGCUCUACGACUGCAUGCAGGACCUCGGCGUCAUCUCCACCAUCUCGCUCUCCUGGUUCCUCACGCUCUUCCUCUCGGUCAUGCCGUUCGCGAGCGCCGUGGUGGUGGUGGACUGCUUUUUCUUCGACGGCAUCAAGGUGAUCUUCCAGUUGGCCCUGGCCGUGCUGCACGCCAACAUCCACCAGCUGCUCGGCUGCAAGGACGACGGCGAGGCCAUGACGGUGCUGGGCAGGUAUUUGGACAAUGUGACCAAUAAGGACAGCACCUUGCCGCCCAUCCAACAUCUGCACUCCUUGUUGACGGACAACGGAGAGCCGCAUCCUGAGGUGGACAUCUUCAAACUGGUCCGCAGCUCUUACGAGAAAUUCGGCUCCAUCCGCGCGGACGUCAUCGAGCAAAUGCGUUUCAAACAGAGGCUGAGGGUCAUCCAGACCAUCGAAGACACAACCAAACGCAACGUGGUCAGAACUAUUGUGACAGAGACGGCCUUCAGCAUCGAAGAGUUGGAGGAACUCUUCGUCCUCUUCAAGGCGGAGCACCUGACCAGCUGCUACUGGGGAGGCUGCAGCAACCCAACGGAGCGCCACGACCCAAGCCUGCCCUACCUGGAGCAGUACCGCAUCGACGUGGAGCAGUUCAAGGGCCUCUUCAAGCUCCUCUUCCCUUGGGCCAACGGCGCUCACUCCGACCCCUUGGCCGUGCGCUUCUUCCGCCUGCUCGACCACAACGGCGACGCCUUCAUCAACUUCCGGGAGUUCAUCAAUGGCCUCGGUGUUCUGUGCCAUGGGGACCUGACGGAGAAGCUGAAGCUCCUCUACAAAAUGCACGUUUUACCCGAGGUGACCAGCGAGCAAGAAGAGCCCGACUCAGCCUUCGAGGCCACUCAGUACUUCUUUGAAGACAUCACCCCGGAAACGUCCAUGGGCCACCGAAGCGAGAAGGACGACGGCUUUGUCGGGGUUACUUUGAAAACGGAAAAAGUGAAGAAGCUGAGCGCUCCCGACUAUCGCUACUACCUAAAGCUGUGGAACCAGGACAGCAAGCAUGCCAAGGAACUCCCUAAGCUCAAUCAGACUCAGUUCAUCGAGCUGUGCAAGACGCUCUACAGCAUGUUCAGCGAGGAUCCCGCCGAGCAGCAGCUCUACCACGCCACCGCCACCGUCACCAGCCUGCUGCUAGAGAUGGGAGAGGUGGGCAAACUUUUCCGCGCCACUCGCCGGGACCACCAACUCGGGGAUCACUCCUCCGAGGAGGACGAGGAGGAGCGUUUGCCAGCCAUGCAGGACAUUAAGCUGGAAGACUCCUCGCCCAAAUCGGCCAUGCUCACCUCGGACGACGAAGCCAAAGACGACACGUCGGUGUCUUCGUACUCGGUCCUGAGCGCCGGCUCGCACGAGCCGGACGACAAGCUGCGCUGCGAAGACAUCGCCGACGACACGGUGCUGGUGAGGAGCGACGGAGGCGACGAGGAUAAGAAGAAGAAAAACGGCCACGCCGGGCCCGGCGUGGACAAGGACUGGGCCAUCACCUUCGAGCAGUUCUUGGCGUCGGUGCUCACCGAGCAGGCGCUGGUGCUUUAUUUCGAGAAGCCCGUCGAUGUGUCGGCGCGGAUCACCAACGCCAAGAACGUCUGCAAAGUUGGACGCAAAGCUCUGCUGUCCACCAGCGACUAUGAAAUCUCACUCUCCGGUUGAGAGGAAGACGCCAUUCUACAGUUUUAGAAGGAAAUUUACAGUACAAGUCUAAAUUCACAGUAAUCCCCCACUAUUGGCAGCGGGAAGGAACUAAGCCAUGCCACCAAUAGCGAAAAAUCUGCGACUCAUUGAAGCCCCCUAAGAAGGAUUACAUUCGACUAUGAGUGUCACAAGCUGUUAUCAAAGCACUACUUUUGUCAAAGCCUCUCAAAAGACUUCAAUAUAGUUGUUGCACGGCGCAAAGAUGCCACGAGAUAGCAACGAUACACUACUUUGCCGAAAAUGAAGCUCCUCCACGCAAUGUUUUUAUUGCUUUCGCCCUAAUUAGGGCAUGAACUGGCCAAUUUAAUCAGCCGAUAUUAGCCGUUUUAAAAUCUGGAAAUUUU